AUGGCUACGCUCCACAAAGACCAGGGCGAGAUGGACCAGAUCCAGCCUGCUCCUGAUGCGGCUUCGAUGGCCGACGAGAAGGUCGAAAAAGUCGUUCAGAUUGGCGAGAUACGUGUUCUGGGCUUGCCUCCCGAGGAUGAGGAGUUCUACCUCAACUACCCUCCCGAGCAGCGAAAGAAGCUUGUUCACCGAAUCGAUAUCCGCCUCGCUCCUAUGCUGGCUAUCCUCUACCUCAUAUCUAACCUGGACCGUACCAAUAUUGGCAACGCGGCCAUCGAAGGCCUCUCAGCGGACCUUGGCUUGACAGGAGUGCAAUACAACAUUGCCCUGUCCAUUCUUUUCAUCACCUAUGUCGGAUUUGAGAUCCCAAGCAACAUCAUCUUGAAGAAGUUCAAGCGACCAUCUUACUACAUCGGAAUCAUUGUCACCUGCUGGGGCAUUAUCAUGACUUUACAUGGAGUUGUUCAGGGCUUCGGAGGCCUCGUGGCUGUUCGGAUCCUUUUGGGUCUGUUUGAGGCCGGCUUUUUCCCUGGCGCCAUUUACAUCUGCACACAGUGGUACAUGCCCAAUGAGAUCUCGACCCGCAUCGCAUACCUAUACCUAACAAGCGCCCUUGCUUCCGCAUUCUCUGGCCUUCUUGCAGCGGCAAUUGCAAGCAUGGACGGUGUUGGAGGCUACGAAGGCUGGAGAUGGAUCUUCAUUCUUGAAGGUCUCUUCACUGUGCUUCUCGGAGUCUCGUGCUUUUUCUUUCUCAUUGACUCCCCUAGGCUCUCCAGGUGGCUUUCCCCUGGGGAGAUACGUUACCUGGAGAUCCAGCACUUUAUCAAGGAUGGUGGCCAGUUUGGGGAGAAGUCAUCUAGGACUAGCUGGAAAGCGUUCCGCUCUGUCAUCACGGAUUGGAAGAUCUACGGCACCACCGCGUUGCUCUUUGUCAACAUUACUGCUGGCUAUGGUGUCAAACUGACAAUGCCAUCCAUCAUCAAGGGCAUGGGUUUCAAGAACAAGACCGCCCAGCUCAUGACGGCGCCGCCGUAUAUCGCCGGUGCCAUCGCGACCGUGCUCUCAUCCAAGCUCUCUGACCGGUUCUACAAGCGAAUGCCCUUCAUUGUCAUCCCCUGGAUGCUCUUCAUCAUCGGCUACGCCGUCAUCAUGAGCUUCGGCGCUCACACGGACCAGCACGUUGGCCCUGCCUACUUUGCCGUCUUUCUCGUCUGCAUCGGCCUGUUCCCCGUCAACCCGGCCAUCACGUCCUGGACCGCCAACAACAUUACACCCGCCAGCAAGCGCGCCGUCGGCCUGGCCUUUUACAGCGGCGUCGGCAACAUUGGUGGCAUUCUUGGCAGCUUCAUGUUUUUGACCAGGGAGGCGCCGGCCUACCCCACUGGCUACGGGACUUCGAUAGGCGUUCUGGCCGUGGGCAUCUUGAUCGGGCUGGGCCUGGAGGGAGCUUACUGGUACCUGAACAAGAAGAAGGCCCAGGUUCCUGAGGAGGAGAUCCGCGCAAGGUUCACCGAGCAGGAGCUAUCGGAUCUGGGAGAUCGCUCUCCUCUUUACAAGUACACCUUAUAG